UGGACAUUAGUAGAUUCUGCUGCUGUAAAGUACUGUUAGACAAGGCUACUGUUACAAAAUGGGCGAUAUUGAUUUGGAAAACCGAGAUCCCAACAACAUCAAUGACCAUUUGAAGGUUCAGUUUGAGGAUGUCUUGGCUGAGCCCGAAGGUGCCCACAGCAUUGACUGUUGCUGGAAGUGCACCAAUACAUGCUUCAACUGCGCCUUCAAAUGCUGCUACAUGCUGAUGACCCUGUGUGGACCUCUGUACGGUCUCCACUACGGUUGCAGUUACGCCAUGCUUGCCUGUGCUCACAUCUGGCAGUACACGCCCCAGAUCAGAGCUUGCGAGAUCAACUGCAUCAUGUAUAAAAAGGUGUACACCAUCUGCCUCAACUGCUUCCUAACGCCAUUCUGCGAGUCCUGCGGUGCCUUCUUCAGUAGGAUUCAAGUCAAACAAUAACACAAAGACCAUACCCUUACGCUUCACUAUGUAUAGCAUGUAUGGGACGCUGAUCCGGAUAAAUCACACAUUUCAAGUAUCAUAUAUGGUCAUGUUCUGAUAUCGAGUACAAUCUUAAUGCAGUAACUUAGGAAGCGUUACUUUGAAACUAUGUAUUCAGUUGUUUAACCCAAGACAAGAUUUAUCGCUAUUUGUUUCGACCUGGAGAUUAUGUACACUAUGUUUAUAUUUUGCCUUUCGAAAACUACAGGACAAAGGUAUGGUGCUCUGAUGUCUUCAAAGACCAUGAUGACAACAUACACAGCACAGUAUAAUCUUGUACACUUUUAGUAUUGCAAUCUUUUAAAAUCAAUAAACUUUCUAUGCAAAUUA